UAAGCAGAUCCACUCGGAAAGCUGAGCCUUUAAUUACACAUGUGUUAUCUCUACUCUCCGCCUCUUUAAGUCUGCCCUACAUCCGACAGCUUGUGGGUUUGCUGUGCGCGCAGCCCCACAUGAUUAUUGGACCUCAGCCGCGCUCCACCGCUGCGUAAAAGCGGCUCGGACAUGUAGCUCUGCGCGCACCAGAAAUAAAAAUAAAACUCAAGAAUGGACCUAAAAUCUGAACUCCUCAAGUCCAUCUGGUACGCUUUCACUUCGCUGGACGUGGAGAGGUGCGGGAAAGUGUCCAAAUCGCAGCUGAAGGUGCUUUCUCACAACCUGUACACCGUGCUGAACAUCCCUCAUGAUCCGGUGGCCCUGGAGGAGCACUUUCAGGAUGAUGAUGAUGGGCCCGUUUCCAACCAUGGCUACAUGCCCUACCUCAACAAAUACAUCCUGAACAAGGUAAAAGAGGGGAUGUUUGACAAAGAGAAGUUCGACGACCUGUGCUGGAUGAUGACCAUGAAGAAGAACUUCAGCGGGUCGCGGCGUGGGUCGCUGCUGUCGGAGAGAAACUGCUUUAAGCUGUUCUGUUUGUUCAACCUCCUGUCUGAGGACCACUACCCACUGGUGAUGAUCACAGAGGAGGUGGAGUAUCUCCUGAAAAAAAUCUCCUCAGCCAUGAGCCAGGAGUGGGAUGGGAAGCCCUUAGAGGACCUUAUAACCCAGGAUCCCACGGUGCUAGAAGAAGGGAUGUCUGUUUGGGCCUUUCUGGAACACAUGAAUACGGGUCGGCUCCUGAAGACCACCAGCCCCGAGGCGUUCAGCUUAGCUCUGGACGAGGUGUUUCUGGAGAUGUAUCACAACGUCCUCAAGAGGGGUUACAUGUGGAAAAAGGGGCACGUGCGAAGGAACUGGACCGAGCGCUGGUUCGUGCUGAAGCCUUCCGCCAUGGCUUACUAUGUCAGCGAGGACCUGAAGGACAAGAAAGGGGAAAUCCAGCUGGACAAGAGCUGUGUCGUAGAGGCCAUUCCAGAUAGGGAGGGGAAACGUUGUUUGUUCUGUGUGAAAACACACAACAAGACCUACGAGAUGAGUGCGUCUGACCAGCGGCAGAAGGCGGAGUGGACACAAGCUCUUCAAAAUGCCUUCCGUCUCCAACGUGAGGGGAAGUCCUCCCUUCAUCACGAACUCAAAUUGAAGAGACGGGUCCAGCGGGAUCAAAGCUCCCGCGAACGCAGCCGAAGCGCCCGGAGCAGCGGCAGCAGCCGGAGCAGCCAAUCAGACGACUCCAACGUCCAAGAGAUGGAGAGGACGGAGAAAGACAGACAGGAUUUAGAGAUUGAAAACAUCAUCCAGCACGCUCGAGAAUUAGAAAUUCGCCGGCGAGAGGCAGAAGAGAGGGAGAGGAGGAGACAAAAGGAGGUGCAGAUGGAGCUGGAGAGACAGCUGAAAGAGGCUGAAAUGCUGAGAGAAAACAUGGAGGCCGAGAUGCAGAAGAAGGAGAGGAGAGCUGAGCAGCAGAAGAUAAGGAUCCAGGAGCUGGAGAUGACGCAGCAGAAACUGGAGGCUGCCCUCAACAUGGAGAUCCAAGCUCGGCUGGAGGAGGAGCGGGCCAGACAGGAGCUGGAGAGGUUGUUGGAGGCCGAGGAGGAGAAGAGGAAACAAUUUCUGCUCCUCCAGGAGCAGCAGAAGCUCCUGCAGAGACAGGAGGCCUCAAACGGACGAGCAGGCGGAACCCCGUCUGCCCUCUACUCCGCCUCGCUGGAGCUACAGCAUCUGCAGGCGUCUCGUCAGAGGAGCCACCAGCACCUCGAGGAGAUGCAGGAGAGACUGCGAAACGCCACUCAGCAUGUCCGCCACUGGAACGUCCAGCUGAACCGCCUGAUGACACCCAUCACGCCUGCAGUUUUACAGAUGUUGAGCUAA